UUAUAUAUCGAAAAUAGAAGGGAUUUAAAUGAAGAUUUGUGGGAUUCAAAAUUAAAGACAAUCACUUCUGUGUGUUUCAUUUCAAAUUCCAUAUUUAUUGCAAAGUGUUAUUUUGUCUCCGGAACGCUUGCUGUGUGGUGUCUCGUGGAUCUAUCUUUAUACGGGCGAGUGUAAAAGUGAACGGGAUUUUUAUUACAUUAUAGAAAGACGAUGCUGAUCUAUUGCUUUUGUAACGUCUGAUGUAGGAGAUUUCUUCAAAAAUAAAGUGAUUCAAACAUGCAUCUGAACAUUUACGUCUUGGCCGCCAUAUGGAUAAUAAGCGACAAAUGUGUGGUGUCGAAAGCUAUUCAGAAACGGCAGAUAUACAGAGAGCAAGUAUUACCUCACUUGGGUGGAAAGAUUCCUGAUUCAGCCUUUCACACAGACAGACUUGCCUUGAAUCAAUUACAAAAGAUUGGUAUCGCCAUACCAGAUGGAGUUAUAUUAGAGCAACGAAAUCCAGAGGUGUAUCAAUAUACCCACAAAACAAAACGACCAGUUUAUAAAGUUACUGCCACAGAUGAUCGAAGACACACACCGAAAGAAGGUCGAUACAAAACCGCAAAAACUUUUGAAACAACUUACGCCAUACCACAAAUAACGCAGUUAAAGGAACGUGAUCUCAUUAAUCGACCGACCCAGAAACAACUUACUAUACCGCACUCGUUUCGUAAAGGUCAUCAACGCACAGUAGCCAUUAACAAUGUUCAUCCAACAAUCGUCCACCAACACAACGACGAGACAGAUUUUCUUCAUUAUUGGCCAUAUGGUGAUUUCGAUUUGUAUUCGAACUUACAGUACUAUCCAUUUUUGUACGAGAACUUCAAUCAAGGAUACUACAUCGGACCAAAUAUUUUCAACGAUUUUGCUACCUUUUUCGAUACUUACACCCAUCCCUAGUGCCUAAAUGUCUUCUGUUAUCGUGAACGACUACAAGGUUUUGAAAGAACAUGGUUCUUUCAGAACCCUGAACGACUUGGCCUCUGCAUUCAUCAAAAUGUUAAAACAAACGAAGUACAAGAUUUUGUGUCACUACUAUUAUGUUUGAUAAAACAAAAGAUAUUAAAGACAUUUACU